AUGAGCGGAAUCAAAACAUGCAACCGUGCAUACAACAUCAUCAAGCUCGAAUCCCAACCACCCGUCCGCGCACGCUCUGAGCCGCCCCUGGAUGCUCCAGCCGCAGCCUCGUUGCCCUUGAGCCGUCUGGGCCCCAGAGCGACUGGCCGCGUGGGCAACAAGUACUCUUUCGGAGCCGCUGCCACCAUCGCAGAGAGCUCUUCGACCUUUUGUGAUUUCGUCACACGAGAUUCCGGACCGGAGGCGGACAACUGGCUGCCUCUGACGACCACCAAAAACAGCACGAUGGGAGACAGCAACAGUGAGCUGUACGUGGCGAUUGCUGCUCUGCUCAUAUCUCUAGUAGCCCUGGCUGCUUCGGUUCUGCAAGUCGCCCAGCAGUACUUCGCCUCUGCCACCGGCUACGCCAGCUGCGACGAGAAGGUCAUAGGCAAAUGGUCAAGCUCUACAAUACGAAUUCUAAAGCCAUACGAGUUUCGCUUCGAGGUCCAGUAUCAGGCUCCGGUCAUCUUCCUCUGUCGCCUCGACAACAAGAACGGCCCCGUGCCGGACGUCAAAAUUAUUCCUCUCGUGGGAAGCGACGAAAGCCGUCGAGAGAGUUGCAGUGACAUUCAGGAGGACGGUCGCAACACACAAAAGUCCAGCCAAGUACAAAAGGAAAAGUCCAAUCGAGUGAAGCAGAAAGAAGCCAUACAUACCGCAGACAAUGAAUUGGCUUCCUGGGUUACCUUGCUGGCAGCCUUCCAGCGAAUGGAGCAUGAUUCGAGAGACUGGCAACAGAAGCUCCUCGAGAAGCCACUCCGUCCUCCAACAGGCGAUCCGCACAAUGCACUGUUGAAGCCCGAGGAGGUUGAGGAAGUGGAAAAGAAACACACGUUGGUCGUUGCCUUGCAGAAGAAGACAAAGAGCUGGGAUACGAUGCCGGCAGGCGUCAAGAAGCCGUAUGCAACCACAACUUGGUGUCAUAUGGUGGAGAUGGCUGCGCUGCUCGGGAUAUACUGGAGCGAAUUCGACCGAUCACAUGACCGCUACCGAGCUGAAGGCAACGGUUACAUGUUGACGGGUGAAAAAAUGACCGACCUUGGUAUCAUGUUCACCUUUCAAGUCUAUGGGAAGAGCGAAUUCAAAGCCAACCGCAUCAUCCCGGUUGAGGAGGUGAAGGACCUGUGCUUCGGGGUCGUGCCAACGAUAUUUCGACGACCCGAGGCGGUUGAUAUGCGACGUCUCACAGAUGACCGCCAGGAUCUCAGCAUGCUCAACUUGUCCACCCGGAUUGAGAUUUCAGAGACACUGGGCCUUAUUGGUUGCAACACCAACACUGUCAACUACUUUGCUCGUGAAGACACGCAGAACAAGCGUGUUGCUCACCUCUUUCCUAGUAAGCAGUUCUCCAUCACCGUGUUGCCGACAAGGCACCCUAACCUCAUCGCAGUCGCGUUUGAAAUCAUCGGCAUGCUAGGUCGGACUCUUCACAUCGAUCACAGUGUCUUCCGAUGCCUCCCGAACCCUACGAUGUAUUUUUGGAACACCAAGACAUUCUCGCUGCCAAAGCUGCUUGAUGCUUACCUCAAAGAAUCCAACAAGCGCGGCGUUCUGGAUAACCAGGACUCAAGGGUUAUGCAGGCUAUCCGGCGGCAUGGCAGAAGAGUGCAACUGCAAAUGAGAAAUGCUGGCUCCAACGGGCGAUCGAGCUUCAUAUUGCUCGACACUCUCCAUCACGCCCUCGACGUCAUGGAUGAAGUAUUGACUGGCAAGGCCAAAGAACAACGACCCCCGCUGCCGCGACAGGGCACCACGUACUCCAACCAGAACCCGGCGCUGUCUGUCAAGAAGAAGCCAGACGAGCAGAGGCCAACCAACGCUACAGAAGACCAGAAUGAGACGACGCGUCGGCAAAAGGUGACGGACGUGCUGCGCAGCCACAUUCAAGAAGUUAUGUAUGGUCUCAACGAGAAGGUCAACGAAAAGGAUGCCGAGGCGCAAAGCCCCAUUCAGUUCGACAGCAACACCGCACGAUUUGAGGAUAUUGAUUCCGCGGCUCCCGAGGACAAACAGGCCAAGCUCAUGGAGGUUUAUUUCCAAGCAAUCCGUAACAAGGUCAUCGGCACGGCUUUGCGUUCAACGAAACGGCGCGAAUCUCUAACCCCGAUGCUGCCGCUGGCCACGCCAAGCAGCCAAAAGCGAACCGCGGGACAAACGAUUGUGGAAGCCUCUGAAGACGGUGACGAAGAAGACGGAGAGGACGAGGAUGAAGAUGAUGAUGUGGCAGAGGAGGAUGAACUCUGGAAGCUGCCCACGGACGACGUCUCACAUGAAGACAUAUGGUGCACGCUCGUGUUCCGGAUGAUCUGUUGGCUGAUGCUUCAUGACUUCAACAAGAACGACAAACAAAUCUCGAAGAGCGAGCUACGGGGAAGCCGACUGCCCAUCUACAUUGCGUGA